UACGCAACUUCUAACAAGACUUAUAAACUAGAGUCGCAAUGAGCAACAAAUAUUCUUACCCUUCACUUCUUCUCCUUUCAAUUUCACUCACCUUGUUUUUCCAAUCAACAAAUGCAGGAGAUCUAGUAAUUUAUUGGGGCCAAGACAAUGGUGAUGGAUCUUUGAGAGACACAUGCAACACUGGUCUCUUCAAUAUAGUAAACAUAGCAUUCCUCUCAACUUUCGGAAGUGGUCGUCAACCACAGUUAAACCUAGCUGGUCAUUGUAACCCACCCAAUUGCAAAAAUUUGAGAGAUAGCAUAAAUAUUUGUCAGAGUAGAGGCAUUAAGGUUAUGCUUUCCAUUGGUGGUGAAGAUAGGAACACAUACUCUUUUUCAUCACCAGAGGAUGCUAAUCAACUUGCUGACUACAUUUGGAACAACUUUUUGGGAGGUAAUUCACCCUCUAGACCUUUUGGUGAUGCUAUACUAGAUGGAGUGGAUUUUGAUAUUGAAGGAGGUAGUAAACUCCAUUAUGAAACACUUGCUUUAAAGCUAAACGAUCAUUAUAAAUCUUCUAGAAAAAAGUUUUACUUAACUGCUGCUCCAUUGUGUAUCUUUCAAGAUAAUAUACUUCAAACGGCAAUUAAUACUGGACUUUUUGACUAUGUUUGGGUUCAAUUUUACAAUAGUCCUGGUGCUUGUAACUUUGUUUCAAACAAUCCAACUAGCUUUAAGAAUUCAUGGAGCCAGUGGAUCAAUUCUAUGUCUACUAAAAAGGUUUUCGUUGGACUUCCUGCUAGCUCAUCUAAUGCAGCUCCAAGUGGUGGUUUUGUGGAAGCACAGGAUCUUAUAAAUCAAUUGCUGCCUAUUGUUAAGCCUUCACCUAAGUAUGGUGGUGUGAUGCUAUGGAAUAGGCGCUUUGAUGUGACAUCUGGGUAUAGUUCCAAAAUCAAAGCAAGUGUUUGAACCAAGGACAAGUUCUUAUUUUCCUGUAUUAAAUAAAUAAAGUUCAAAUUAAGAACCUAAGUUUAUAUCAAAAUAAUAAUCCUUAGGAAUAGGAACCUAAGUGUUUCGAGUUGUCUUUAACUAUGUGCUGAAAUAUUAGCCAAUGUUUCAUGUGUUCUAUGUUAUAUAUUAAAUAUGAAUAUUACUAUCUUUUAUUGUUAUGCCAAA